AUAAGUCACGUGACGCCGCCUACCAGCCAAACGGUGCCAGUGACAAGCAGUAUUUUAUAGUAAAUCCAUUUUUAUGGGUGAAGAACACUGGAUGUCACGGCUGACAAUUUGUCUCCCAUUAAAAAGCGCCUCAAGCGACACUCCCAGACCUUAGCCGCCUGUCGCCUUUUUGGAUUGGCCCGCCGAAUCGUCACGUGACAGUCGCUCACGGGGCGAGAGUUCAAUGAAGUAAAAUAACUAUGUCAAGCCAAGAAGUAACUGAAUUAAAUUUCGGAAAUAGAGACAUGCAGAAAUCAUAUUACGAACCAGCUCAGACUUUUCCUGGAUAUUACGGCCAUGAAAACGGGUAUGGAUAUGAUUUAAGUGGCCCCAUGGGCGUCUCGUACCCACCUCAAGAUCCCAGUCCUUCGAACCCCCCGGGAGCGGACUGUUACCGACCCUCCUGUUAUCUUCAGCAAUCCCACGGUCACAUGAAUGGAGGGGAAAAUAUCGGACCAGGCUCGGAAUAUUCCAAUCCAUACAGCAGCCUAAAUGUUCCUGUGAACCCGUGUAUGCAGCCCCUGACAGUGGUUACCUGCAGUGUGUCGGCCGGUCCCCCAGCCCCGGCUCACCAACAAGUGCAGCACCCUUCCUCGUCUCUCCUGUCCAAACCCUCACAGGAAAUCUACCCUUGGAUGAGAGAAUCCCGUCAGAACCCCACCAAACGUCAGAGUCAAGUCAGCGAUCAGGCGACAGUUGAUCCAGACCCUCCCUCCAAGCGAGCCCGAACUGCUUACACAAGCGCACAACUAGUCGAACUGGAAAAAGAGUUUCAUUUUAAUAGGUACCUCUGUCGGCCUCGGCGUAUCGAAAUGGCGGCUCUGUUGAGCCUUACGGAAAGGCAAAUAAAAAUAUGGUUCCAGAAUCGAAGGAUGAAGUUCAAAAAAGAGCAAAAGGGAAAAGGAGACACUGAUAAACUCUCCCCACUGAGCAUAGACCUCGACAAUCACCAAGAGCAACCACUUUCCAUGACGUCACAUUCACAGCCAGGAACGAUGACGUCACGCCUGAAAUCCCAGUCGAACGGGGACAGUGGUUUACAGGAAGUUAACAUGAAUUUAAAUGGAAAUAUAAAUCUGACGUCAAAUGGACAAUUAAGUAUACAUGAAAUACAGGACUUGAGCUCGUCCGAUGAUUCUGUAGGGGACAUGAAUUCACCUGUCCAGCAGCAGCAUCAGCAGUCCCACCAAGCUGCUCACGAAAAUCAGCUGCCAUCUCAGCAGCAUCCAAACUUCCAGCAGCGGCCAGGUUCGCAGUUUCCGUCUGUGAACUCCCCGCCAGUAACCCACCCAUCCAUCAGGCAACAACAGGCCUUAACAACAACCACGUCGCCAUUUGCCGACAGCCACCCACAGACCGUCAACAGCGUGCCGAGUACGUCAAUGGCGACGUGCCCAACAACGGCUUACAGCGGUCACAAUAUGGCGGACAGCAUGCUUUCCAGAACCAGUCCCCAAGGUUAUAUGCAAAACUCGCAGCCUGUUGUCUCUCCCAAACAACACAUGACGCUUCCAUCCCAUCCGUUGAGCGACUCGUCCACAUAUAACGAUGUUAUUGGAAUGAACACUAAUUCACUGACACUUGGAGACAAUAUACCCCGCUACUUUGGCACACAUAUGCCUGGUUUCCACCAUUACUCUCAAGGACAUUACAACUAUGCUCCAAAGUUAACCCAUUUGUAGCCGACGUUUCCUCUAUAGUGAACCCAAGUGUAGCUUGUCUAGUCCAAGAUUCAGCCCCAAGACUUUGUUAGCUUUCCUCUACAUCAUAAGUGUCACGCUAGAAUAAGAUUUUUGAGAAGAUUUGAAAAAAAAAUGCGAGUUGUUGUGCUUAGGUGACGUUUAAGUAAAUGAAACUGUAUUGACCUAAAACAUUACUCAUUGCCCAAAUAUCAACGGGCAAGAAUGGCCAGAAAGGCCAGUGAUACUAUCAUUUGUAAUUAAAACUGAUUUGGAGUUAUCCACACAACAUCUACUUUUACUCGAAUGUCACUUACAGUAAUAAGUUUGACAGCUUCGGUAGAAAUGUAUAGGUUGAAAAGAGACAAGCAGUUAGUCAUUCUAUUGUGGUAACAUGUGGUACUACAAAUCAACGAGGAAACGUCCGAGCAAACAUGACCUCGACAUAUGUCUUAAUUAAUACACACUGCAUUUUAUGCAACAACAUUGAGUGGAGUGUCACAAAGUUUCAGAUGGUUUUUACAACAAUGUUGUUUAAAACAUUAUUUGCCAAAGAUGUAUUACUUAGGAACAAUGAAACACAAAUUUGUAUCAUUGAAAAUUUUAAAUGUUAGAGAGGUUGUGUGAAGUCGGAAUUGUGAGAAAGAUAGUGUGCAGGGUUGAUGCUAUAGGCAUAUUUGAGGGUCCGAGUGCAAGCUUAAUGGGGAUAUGUGAAAUACUGUAUGUUAGAGGGUUAGUGUGCAGAUUAAUAUUGGACAUUCAACACUUAAGGCAGUUAGUAUGUAUGUUUAAUGGUAGAUAUGGCAGUAUUUGUAAGCAUAUUUAAUAUUAGACAUGUCUAAGUGGUCAGGUUUGGUAUCCACCAUGCUAUUGUGCUUGUGACAGAAAAAUACAGGAUCACAAACAAAAUAAGUAUUGAACACCAGGAGUGAUACAAGGCACCGGAAGGCGCUGUUCAGGAAAAUAUGGCAUUAAUAAUAUUAUGGUGAUUUUUAUGACUUCGUUGUGUUAAGAUUCCACAUGUAGUAAUCGGAUAUUACCAGGGUACAUUGUUUUUAAUGUUAUUUCAUCUGUUUGUUGUCUUGAAGUGUUGAUUGGCAGGCUUGCGUGUCUGUUUGCUGGGGGGCAGGUGAAGUGGGAAUGGCACUGUGGCUCGGGUGUGAUUUCCGGCAGCCUUAGACCGCCACCUGCGCACAGACACGCCAAUGAGGCCAAGCUCCGUGCUCACUCACUGCGCAUGCUCCCCUAACUUAUGCCAAAGAUUCUAAGCAAUAUUUCCUUCAUCUGUUUUAGGUUAUUUCUUUGUUAGUUUGUUUUGUAAAUAAACCAUAUGUGUGAGUGUGAUUUUUAAGUAUUUGUUAUAACAGAGCGCCAGCAAGAAUGACUUUGCAGACGAAGGCAAAUGUAAACUAUAGAUUGUCAAUGAAUGUAGAUUUAAUAGUGAAAUAAACUCGAUGAUAUCAAAAUACAUUGAAGCAAUAGUUUGCCAUGCAAGGAAUAUAUUUUAUAGACAACAUAUUGAGUGUCGAAUGGCCAGGUUAACAAUUGUAAUCAAGGUCAAUGCAAUGGUGUUCUAAACAUGGAAUAAUGAAAUUAUCAUAUCUCCAAAUGAAACCAGCUGUUGUUAUUUCUCUUUUUUUCUAUUAU